CACACAUAUGUGUCAGCCCACAGCAUCCUCAUUGCCAACAUUGCCCCCGCGCUCAACUUUGCGGCCAGGUCCAAGGAAAUCAUCAACCGGCCUUUCACCAACGAGAGCCUGCAGCUUCACGCCGUGGCACCUGUUAAACUGUCUCAGAAAGAACUGCUAGGCCCAGCAGAGGCAAAGAGAGCCCGGGGCCCUGAAGACCCUGAGCCCCCAGCAGCUCUGGCCUCUGCCUCCCAGAAACUCAGCCCCCUGCAGAAGCUGAGCAGCAUGGACCCUGCCAUGCAGGAGCGCCUCCUGAGCUUGGACCGUCUGUUGGGCUCCCAGGGGAGCCAGGGGACCCCUCUGCUGAGCACCCCAAGGCGAGAGAGGAUGGUGCUUAUGAAGACAGUGGAAGAGAAGGACUUGGAAAUAAAGAGGCUUAAGAUGAAGCAGAAAGAACUGGAGGCCCAAGUGCAGGCCCAGGAGGCUGUGGACCCCAAGGAGAAGGAGAAUUACUCCCCCACCCUGCUCCGACCCCUGCCGCGCACUAGCAUGGUCGCAAAGCCCCUGAAAAAGGCUGUGGUGAUGCCCCUGCAACUGAUUCAGGAGCAGGCAGCCUCCCCAAGCACGGAAAUCCACGUUCUUAAGAAGAGAGGCCGGAAGAGAAAGCCGGAGCCCCUGGAUGCCUCGGAGCCCGAGGAGAAGGCUGAGGACGGCUGGGAGCUGCAGAUCAGCCCCGAGCUGCUGGCCCGCGGCCGCCAGAAAAUCCUGGACUUCCUCAACGAAGGCUCGGCCCGGGAUCUGCGCGGCCUGCAGCACAUCUGGCAGAAGGCCCAGUUCAUCGUGAGCUGGAGGGAGCUCCACGGCCGCUUCAGCCAGGCGGAGGACCUGGAGCGUGUGGAAGGCAUAUCCGGAAAGCAGAUGGAGUCGUUCCUCAAGGCCAACAUCCUGGGUCUCGCCGCCAGUCAGCGCUGCAGCCCCUGCUGACCGCUGUCGCCUCCCUCCCCCUUUUUCAAUCCUUGUCUAACUGAGUGUUGUGUAAAUACAGUUGUUACUCUGGUAAAAAAAAAAAAAAAAAAAAAAAAAAAAAGCCUGCUGGGCUUGAGAAUAACUAUGA